AGUCGGAACUCUUCCAGGUUCUGUUCCUUUAAGGCCCGGAUCAGUUCGGCUGUGAUUCGGCUGCCGGGUUGCCCGCCUGUUCAGUUCCCGGAACCCGGUCCCGGAGCCCGGCUCUCUGUGUGCGCUCGGACCGUCUCCCAGUGACCUAUGUGGGGGAGGCUUUUGUUUGCAUCCCCUCUGCAGGCUGCACUUUCCCCGGAGGAUGCCAGGACGAGCUGCGGCGGCGCUCCUGCACGGAUAGCGCAGAACCCCCCCACAGAAACACGAUAUUGACAUGAAGAAAGACAUUGAGACUCUAAUAGCAGAGGAACGGGCCGACAUCAUCUUAAAAUAUGCCACGGGCAGGCAGGGCGGUGUGGAGAUCGAUCCCUGGGAAGAUGCUGACUACAGCAUCUACAAGGCCAUCGACCGCUUCGGCUUCAUGCAUUUGUCUUUGCUCUCCAGUGAGAAUGAGUUGCCUCCCCCCACAGUUCAAGAGGAGAAGAGGAAGCAGCUGGAGAUCGAGAGAGCGGAGAAAUGGUUAAAGAUGGUGAAUAAAUGGGACAAAUACAAGAACAGUGACAAGAUGGUGAAGCGGGUCUACAAAGGCAUCCCGCUGCAGCUCAGAGGCCGGGCCUGGACGCUGAUGCUGGACGUGGAGCGCACCAAGAGGGAAAAUGAGGGCAAAUAUGAUACGAUGAAGGAGCAGGCCCGGCUGUGUUCUGCAGAGAUCAAACAGAUCGACCUGGACAUUAACAGGACUUUUCGAAACCACAUUAUGUUCAUGGACCGCUUCGGGGUCAAGCAGCAGUCUCUCUUCCAUGUCCUCUCUGCAUAUUCAGUUUAUAACACUGAGGUGAGCUACUGCCAGGGCAUGAGUCAGAUCGCUGCCUUGCUGCUGAUGUACAUGAACGAGGAAGACGCCUUCUGGGCCCUGUCGCAGCUGCUGACCAGCAAAAGGCACGGCAUGCACGGCUUUUUUGUUCCUGGGUUCCCCAAACUUCACAGAUUCCAGGCUCAUCAUGACCAGAUCCUUUCCAAACUCCUCCCCAAGCUGAAGAAACAUAUGGACAGGGAGCAGAUGUCUGCGGGGAUCUACAGCACCAAGUGGUUCAUGCAGUGUUUCAUUGACAGGACGCCGUUCACCCUGACCCUUCGGCUGUGGGACAUCUUCAUCCUGGAGGGAGAGCGGCUCCUCACCGCCAUGUCCUACUCCGUCCUGAAGAUACACAAGAAGCGUCUGUUAAAAAUGCCUCUGGAGGAGCUGCGAGAGUUUCUGCAGGAGCGAAUCGCUCACACCUUCCUCCACAGCGACGACCUGAUCAUCGAGCAGCUGCAGGUCUCCAUGACGGAGCUGAGGAAGAUGAAGCUGGACCUUCCUCCCCCAGGUAAGCCCGAGGAGCUGCCUCUGCAGCCGCUGGGCCAGGAGCUGCCGGUCCUGCUCGGUCCGGUCCAGCCCUCCUCAGCCAGAGCCGACCUGAGUCUCCGCAUCAUCUCCCACCAGCCGGACUCCAUAUCCCCAGACCAGAGCCCCUCCAAGGACCCCAGGGACCUGGAGGCCCCGCUGCCCUCCCCGGACCCUGUCAUCAUCCACAGCCAGGUGCCUGUCACACCUGACGGCUCCCCGCUGACGGGGCCGCCGCCUUACCAGCCGCCGGGGAGCCCGCGUCCUCCACCGCUGCCAGGGGACCGGGCCUGGGACACGGCUGCAGCCGGCCCCCCCGCCCUGUCCUCCUGCAGAGUCCCGGGGACUCUACCGGAGCCUGUGCCCCAGGCGGCGUCUCCGCCUUUGGGUCUGGCUCAGUCUGAGUGCCUGUCGGCAUCAGAGAGUACUGAGGACCUGGACCUGUCCCGGCUGCUGGACCAGGACUCGACCCUGUCCUCCAGCAGGAGCACCGAGCGGGACCAGGACGGAGAAGCGGAAGAACGGCCGAACGGUUCAUGAUCUGCAGAUUGUCGGUUUAAAGGUUUGGGUUGAAUGUUUUAGUCGCUGUUGACUCGCAGUUUCAGGGUUCAGCAAUAAGAAGUUUUCUGUUUUUUAGGCCGGAGCAGGUUUUCUGGUUGGGCUUCUCCACCUGCGGCAGGUAACAGUCCAGACGCUC